CCAUCUCGUUGUCUGAUGGCCGGAUGAGAAGCGAGCUGGAGGAGAGCGCUCCUUCAAGGAAGGCAACGGGAAGUGGCGACCGACGGAUUUAUACCGUGCCCAAAUCUUGCCCACGGACCUCAAUGACUGGCGUUCCGCAUCGCAGUUGAACUCUUCUGCUUCAGACUCUUCCAGAACCGCGUUCAUUUCUGCCUCCGGAGCGAGUUAUUUUCUGAAACCUGGACUCGUUCUGUGAAGACUGACUGAGGCUAGUUAGCGAGCUAGCUCGUCUUGUCCGUUGAUGCGUGGAUGUGACAGCUGCACAGUCGUGUUUUUUCGGUCAAUGCCAUAUAAAACAAGGCCAGCUACGACUGAGUACAGAUCAGAGCGUGUCCCGGCAGCAGGAGUGAGGAAGAGCUUUAGAAGAAGAAAAUGAGUGAACUGGACCAGUUACGCCAGGAGGCUGAGCAGCUCAAAAACCAGAUCAGAGAUGCGAGGAAAGCCUGUGCAGAUGCCACACUAUCACAGAUCACAGCCAACAUCGACCCUGUUGGCCGAAUCCAGAUGCGCACAAGGCGAACGCUGAGGGGACAUCUGGCUAAAAUCUAUGCCAUGCACUGGGGCUCUGACUCCAGGCUGUUGGUCAGUGCAUCCCAGGAUGGUAAACUCAUUAUUUGGGACAGCUAUACCACAAAUAAGGUCCAUGCCAUUCCUCUUCGCUCGUCCUGGGUGAUGACCUGUGCCUACGCUCCCUCAGGGAACUAUGUGGCCUGUGGAGGCCUGGAUAACAUCUGUUCCAUCUACAGUCUGAAGACUCGUGAGGGCAAUGUGCGCGUCAGCCGUGAACUGGCGGGACACACAGGGUACCUGUCCUGCUGCCGCUUCCUUGAUGACAACCAGAUUGUCACGAGUUCUGGCGACACCACCUGUGCUCUCUGGGACAUAGAAACUGGUCAGCAGACAACCACUUUUGCAGGCCACACUGGAGAUGUGAUGAGCCUGUCCCUGGGUCCUGACUCCAGGACCUUUGUGUCAGGGGCCUGCGAUGCCUCAGCUAAGCUGUGGGAUGUGCGCGAGGGCAUGUGCAGACAGACCUUUACUGGCCAUGAAUCUGACAUCAAUGCCAUCUGUUUCUUCCCCAAUGGCAAUGCAUUUGCCACUGGCUCGGAUGAUGCCACUUGCCGCCUGUUUGACCUGCGCGCUGACCAGGAGCUGAUGGUGUACUCCCACGACAACAUCAUCUGUGGCAUCACCUCCGUGGCCUUCUCCAAGAGUGGCCGCCUUCUGCUGGCUGGUUACGAUGACUUUAACUGCAACGUGUGGGACAGCCUCAAGGCUGACCGUGCAGGUGUGUUAGCUGGCCAUGACAACCGUGUGAGCUGUCUGGGUGUGACUGAUGAUGGCAUGGCUGUGGCUACAGGGUCCUGGGACAGCUUCCUCAAGAUCUGGAACUGAACUCUGAAGGUGCUUUCAACACAACAUGUCCGACACAAUGUCAUUUGAACUCCAAAGUUGACUGGAAGACCAUUCCAACUUUAGAAUGUUAAAUUUCACAGCAUCGUCAACAAAACACCUUAUAAAACUGACUCAGACACCACCACGAAAAGAAAAAAAACUUCUAAGGGAAAACAAUGCCUUUCCUACACAAAGAAGAGCACAAUUUGUUUUAUCACCCACCUUAAAAAAGAAAAAAAAAGAAAAAAAAAAGAGCGCGAGAGAAGAAUUCCUGUGGUAUCAAACGAAUAACUUUGUGCAUUCCCUUUCGGACCAUUCUGUGUCACCCUGUAAGAAAACAAACACUAUCAUCCCAUGCUUAUGUAUCAUGUGUCUAGAAAGCAAAUGUUGGAGUGUAAUUGUACAAAUUAUUUAACUCUUAUUUUUUUGUUUCUUUUAAAGAGUUCUUUUAUCAAACUGAUGGUUAUUCUUGGAUCUGUUUUUUUUCUUCAUAUAUAUAUUUUUUUUCUUUUUAGAUAUGUUCCAGUUUAAACCUUAAUCCUGUAAAAUUGUGCAAGAACGUUUGAGACAAUAUGUGCAAAAGGCUGAAAUUAGAGCAGGAAGGAAGAGCAGCUUUUUUCUGAAGAUGCCAAUCAUGCGUUUGUUUUUGUUUCGUUUUUUUGUUUGUAUUAUUUUUUCUUUUUUUUUUCCUUUUGUAAAUGGUGCACUAGAUUGCUCUAGAGUGAGUGAGUGUGUGAAUGUGUAAGUAGUCUUCAUGAGCGUGACUUUAGAUGCCAUGUUGAGGAAAAACACGCUCACUUGUGAACUCAUGAUUCAUGUUGUUGGGCAGCAGAUCGAGCGCCCCAAGCAGCUUUCAACUCUAAAACUGUUCACCUUGUUAAACCGUCGCUGAGCGGUCAGCAGUUACUGGGUAAUAAGAACAGCCUUAGUUUUCUAAAAGUGUAAUCAUCUGUGCAUUAGUUAACCUUUGAUGUGAACACCAGUCCUUUGUCAUUAAAGAGAAAAUACCAUAAAAAUGCCAUAUCUUUGAAAUAUUUUACCAUUUCUGAGUCUGAGGUACUCGCGUCAUUUAUCCGAAAAUGGCUGCUUGUAAAUAUGAGUAUCCGACUUGCACGCGAAUGCAGCAUUAUAUCCUAGCUAAUUUUUCUUUCCAGUCUUGUCACAGCUUUGUUUGCACAAUAAGAAACUUGACUAAUGUUUUACACGUUAACUAACCAAGCACAUGCCGUUAAUCACAUCGAAUGCUAAUUUUAACAAGUACACAAAUUUUACAAACCAGUCCCCCUCCCCCUCCUGUUUUUUUAAACUAACCUCAAAGCUUUUCUUCUGGUCUUACUUCUUUUGUAUUGGCUUUUACGACUAUUCAGUCCAGGGACUGUUUAUUAUGAGGUUGGACUAAACUGGUAUGUGGGGCAGAAGGAUAUUACAAUUUUUUUUUUGUUUUUGUUUUUAUUUUUUUAAACAAAUAACACCCAGUUUCAGACAACAGAUAUUCCUGUUUGUGCUUGGAAAUACAGUUAAUAAUCUGUGAAUGAAAUGUUGUACAAAUCAAUGUCUGAAAAUAAUGAUUCUUAAAACUUUAAACGUUAACUUUUUAUUUCAUCUGCCAUGAAGUAACGUAGUCGCAUGCUGUAGAAAUGCUUAAGCAGGUGCUCUUUUGUUUUCUCUUUUCCUUUUGGUUUGUUUAUUUUUCCUGUUUUAAUUUUUUUAAGGCCCAUUGGUCUCUGCUAGGAUGGUGAAAUUGUUUAUUUAUAUAUAUAUAUAUAUAUAUAUAUAUAUAUAUAUAUAUAUAUAUAUAUAUAUAUAUAUAUAUAUAUAUAUAUAUAAUAAAUUAUAAAAUCUCCUCUAAUGGAUGGAGCUUAAUUCCAGUCGUUUUUUGCCACGCUGUGUAUACAUCGUUUACUUUUACUGGCAAAGCUAUGCACCCAAGUGAGAAGCUGAACGAGAAAGGACUACAUAUUUACUGCAGACUUUGCUCUGCCCCUCCUCAUCGUGGGCUCCUGUAAUCAAUUCCAAAUGACAAAUUAUUACCAGACAGCAGGUUAAUACUUUUUUCCUUUUUUGUCUAUUUUCAAAUGGAACAGAGGUAUUUGUCCAAACAAACUCCGUUCUGGCUUCCUUGAAUUACAAUGUUUAGAAAAUGGCAUCUGAAAUGGCAGAUUGUUCUGUUUUUUUUGUUUAUUUUUUUAUCCCCCCACUGUAAACAGAUGCACUUUCUUCAAUAGUUGUGACAUUUUUUUAAAUGUUUUUUUUCUUCCUCUCUCUGCGAUAAUGUACAAUAAUUGUGAUGUAUUUGUGUGUGCUGCCACCAGUAAAGAUUAAUUGCAGUUCAAUUAAAAUGGAUUCCCCCCCUUAUUUUCUCAUCAUUAAUAACUGUAGAGCUCGGCACUCCUUCUCACCUUUUUUGUAUUUAAUUUCAGUCUGUCGGUGUACCACAGAAAGCUGGAUGCAAGAUAGAUACUAUAUAAAAAUGUACUGUUAUUUAAGAUGUAAUAAAAAGAAGUUUGAGAUGUC